AUGGAUUUACGAAUUUUUGACGAUAUGAAUCUUUAUAUUACACCGGAUAGGUUUUACAUCCAGCCUUGCAAUGUCGAGGAGUUCCUUAUCAUCGAGCGCCCAAGUGGAAAGGUAUCACUGCACACUGCGGAAAGUAAGGAAACGCUGCCGAUCCUCGGUUACGAGCUGCGGAAAAUAUGUGGUUUGCUCGGCAUGAUCCGACUGAUCAGUGGGUUGCAUCUGGUUGUCGUGACGCAUCGUGUGUUCGUCGGUCUUAUCUAUGACGAGCCGAUCUGGCAGAUGGCCGGUGCUGAUCUGAUUCCACUCACCGCUACGCUGACACACUUGAACGAGGCGCAGAAGGAGCAGAACGCGAUCUAUCUAUCCAUGAUGCACCAGGUGCUAGCAACACCUUGCUUCUAUUUUUCGUACGGUGCAGAUCUCACCAAUACGUUGCAAAGGAUCGGUACCAAUACCGGUGACGGUGAUACUCGUGGCCUCCUAAUGCAGAGCGAUAAGCGUUUUGUGUGGAACAUCGGGUUAGUGGAACAGCUUCCCAUGCUGCCUCGAUACAUACUUCCGAUCAUUCAUGGUUUCGUCUCUAUAAAGGAUGUGACAAUAAACGGACAUACAAUCAGCUGGAUACUGAUCUCUCGACGCUCGGUACGGAAUGCAGGCACCCGGUUGUUCUGUCGUGGCAUAAACAGCGAUGGCGACGUAGCCAACUUCGUCGAAACGGAACAGAUUGUGAUUACCGAGCAUGAUUGUGUGUCGUUCGUGCAGACCCGCGGCAGCAUUCCGCUCUUCUGGAACCAAACGCCAAACCUGCAGUACAAACCGCGACCACAGCUGGCAACGCGAAUGGAUCACAUGAUCGCUUGCACGCGCCACUUUGACGAGCAGUGCAAACGGUACGGUGCCCAGGGCCUCAUCAAUCUGAUCGAUCACAAGGGCGCCGAGGAGGUGCUGGAGAAAGCGUACGAGGCGACUGUCAAGGCACUCGCUAACCCGUUGCUUACUUACGUAUCGUUCGACUUCCACAAAGAGUGCAAGAAGAUGCGUUACGAUCGACUGAGCUUGCUAAUGUCGCAGAUCGCGAGCCAGCAGGAAAACUUUGGCAUUUUCCACACCGAUCACAACGGGCAGGUGUACUCCCUCCAGAAGGGUGUGUUCCGCACCAACUGCAUCGACUGUCUGGACCGGACGAAUGUGGUACAAAGCUUGAUUGCGAAGCGCAGCCUUGAACAAACGUUGAAAUUACUUGGCAUUUUCAAGCCCGGACAAAAGCACAUCGAUCCGGAUUCGCAGUUCGAAGCAACAUUCAAAGAGGUUUGGGCUGAUAACGCGGAUCUGAUAUCGGUGCAGUAUUCCGGCACCGGUGCGCUGAAAACGGAUUUCACACGCACAGGGAAGCGUACGGUGCAAGGUUUGUUCCGCGAUGGGCUCAACUCCCUGACGCGCUAUGUGAAGAACAAUUUUCAGGAUGGCUUCCGUCAGGACAGUAUCAAGCUGUUCCUAGGGCUGCAUAAUGUGCGCGAAGAUGAGGGUUCGGUAAGUCCGUCUCCUUUCGCACCGGACGCAACGGUUGAUAUGAGGAAGCGAAUGUGUAUGACGACGGUUUUGUUUGAGGUGGCGGUGUUCUUCGUCAUUUUGCUGUACCCGACCGAGUACAGCGCCAAAACUGGCUAUAUGCUGCUCGGGUGGGGUGUUAUGUUUGCCCUAACGGAGCGGUUCUUCAGAAAACAUCGGCAAGACUUUGUCGACUGGCCGAAACUGAAUUCAAAAAAGUAACUAGCCGGCGGGGGCCUGUACCGGUCCGGGGAGCACUAGCCAUGUACGACGAGGAUACGUACUACACAAUCGU